AUGAGCGGUCGGGCUCGAGUGAGGGCACGAGGCAUGGCCCCCCACCAUGGUGCCAGAGAAGUGGGGAGCACCCCAGGAAAUCUCAUGGCCAUGUUCUCCAGUCCUGGGGACAGUCAGGUGUCCAGCAGUGGAGCCAGUGACAUUUCACAGUCAGAUGAGGUUACCGUCUCUUCUGAUGAUAGUGGAUGUUCCUUCACGGAAAGAGGCCAAGUCACACGGGACUUCGUAGACUUGAGUGUCUGUACCAGGGAGAAGAUGGCACACGUGAAAGAUUGUAAAAUAGGUUCUAGCGGAAUACCUCUGCGGCUGGUUACGAAUCUCUUUAGUUUAGAUUUGCCCCAGGAUUGGCAGCUGUACCAGUACCAUGUCACGUAUAGCCCAGACUUAGCCUCUAGGAGGCUGAAGAUUGCUUUGCUUUAUAGUCACAGCAAACUCAUAGACAAGACAAAAGCAUUUGAUGGCACCAGCCUUUUCCUCUCAGAAAAGCUAGACCAAAAGGUCACAGAACUGACAUGUGACACGCAAAGAGGCGAGACUGUGAGGAUCACGCUCACGCUCACCAGCCAGCUGCCCUUCACCUCCCCGGUGUGCAUUCACUUCUUCAACAUCAUCUUCAAGAAGCUCUUUAAAAAGCUGAAAAUGUACCAGAUUGGACGGAACUUCUAUAAGCCUUCAGAACCAGUGGAGAUCCCCCAGUACAAGUUGUCCCUGUGGCCUGGCUUUGCCUUUUCUGUGUCCCACUUUGAAAGCAGACUCCUGUUAAAUGCUGACGUGAGCUACAAAGUCCUGCGAAAUGAGACUGUUCUGGAAUUCAUGACUGAUCUCUGCCUCAGAGCCGGCACCUCCCACUUCACUGAGACAUGCCAGAAACAGCUGGUGGGGCUCAUUGUCCUCACCCGAUACAACAACAAAACAUACCGUAUUGACGACAUCGACUGGUCUGUGAAGCCCACACAAGCCUUUCAGAAGCGGGACGGCUCUGAGAUCACGUACAUGGAUUACUACAAGCAGCAAUACAAUAUCACCUUAUCUGACCUAAAUCAGCCAGUGCUUGUUAGUCUGCUGAAAAGAAAGAGGAAUGAUAACAUGGAGCCUCGGAUGGUCCACCUGAUCCCGGAGCUCUGCUUUCUCACAGGCAUGUCUAGCCAGGCAACCUCAGAUUUCCACCUGAUGAGGGCAGUGGCUGAAGAAACUCGGCUCAGUCCUAUGGCGCGGCAGCAGCAGCUGGCCCGGCUUGUGGAUGACAUGCAGAGGAACCAAGUGGUUCGCUUUGAGCUUGAGAGCUGGGGACUGCAGUUUGGAAACCAGAUGUCCCUGACUGGCCGAGUAGUUCCUUCUGAGAAGAUACUGCUGCAGGACCACACAUGUCACCCCGCGUCUGCUGCUGAUUGGUCCAAGGAUAUGCGCUCCUGCAGAGUUUUGAGUUCUGAGCCUUUGAACAGAUGGUUGGUCAUAUGCUGCAGCAGGGCUGAGAACCUGAUUGAAGGCCUCCUGAGCUGCUUGAGGAGAGUUGGUGGUCCCAUGGGGUUUAAUGUGAGCUACCCCAAAAUCAUAAAAGUAGACGAAAGACCUGCAGCGUUCCUCCGAGCCAUCCAGCUCCACGUCGACCCUGAUGUGCAGCUGGUGAUGUGCAUUCUACCUUCUAAUCAGAAGAACUACUAUGACUCCAUUAAAAAAUACCUGAGCUCUGACUGCCCGAUCCCAAGCCAGUGUGUGCUCUCCCGGACCCUGACUAAGCAAGGAAUGAUGAUGAGUGUGGCCACCAAGAUCGCCUUGCAGAUGACCUGCAAACUUGGUGGCGAGCUGUGGGCUGUGGAGAUUCCGUUGAAGUCCCUGAUGGUGGUGGGUGUUGAUAUCUGCAGAGAUGCUCUCAACAAGGAUGUGACAGUUGUCGGGUUUGUAGCCAGCAUUAACUCCAGGCUCACCAGGUGGUUUUCCCGAUGUGUUCUCCAGAGAAGGGCAGCCGACAUUGCAGAUUGCUUAAAAGUCUGCAUGACUGGAGCUCUCAACAAGUGGUACAAGCACAACCAUGAUUUGCCUUCGCGGAUAAUCGUGUACCGAGAUGGCGUAGGGAACGGGCAGCUGAAGGCGGUGCUGGAAUAUGAAAUCCCGCAGCUGCUGAGCAGCGUGGCUGAGUGUGGCUCAGGUGCCAGGUAUUGCAGACUCUCAGUGGUUGUGGUGAGGAAGAGAUGCCUGCUGCGGUUCUUCUCCGAGACAGACCGCACCGUAAAGAACCCCCCGCUCGGCACUGUUGUGGACUCGGAAGCAACACGCACUGAGUGGUAUGACUUCUACUUGGUCAGCCAGACUACUAACAGGGGAACUGUUAGUCCCACAUACUAUAACGUCAUCUAUGACGACAAUGGCUUGAAGCCUGACCACAUGCAGAGACUGACCUUCAAACUAUGCCAUCUCUACUACAACUGGCAGGGCUUAAUCAGUGUCCCUGCACCCUGCCAGUACGCACACAAGCUGACCUUCCUGGUGGCACAAAGCAUUCAUAAGGAACCAAGUUUGGAAUUAGCCAAUAAUCUCUUCUACCUGUAA